AUGAAUUUUUCUCUUCUGACCUGUUCAGCAAGACCCUACCAAGAUUCCUCCAGUCAGAAGUCAGAAAAACUUCAGCAGCAUCUUCACCCUGAGGGCCCACUCUUCUCUUCUCUGCCUCCAGAAGACUUCAGCAGCUUGUCCACCAGCAUGACUCCUCGGUCUCUUCUCCUGUCCAUCUUGGUCGUCUUAUCUUUCUUCUGCACUGUCUGGUGCAGUCCCAUGUGCAACAACCAGUGCUGUCAUUUCGUGGAGGAUUUCCCUGGCAUGUUAAGGCAACUCAGAGCAGACUUCACAGAGAUCCAAGAUUUCUAUGAAGCCAACGAUGACUUGGAUGCAGCGCUGCUAGACCAGACUGUCGAAGACACUUUAAAGACCCCGUUCGCUUGCCACGCCAUUAACAGCAUACUGGAGUUUUAUCUAAGCACGGUUCUGCCGACAGCCAUGGCCGGGGUGACGGAAGACACUAAGGACUUAAAGCCUCACAUGGAGUCCAUCCAGCAGAUCUUCGACCAGCUCAAGAGUGAUGUCACCAGAUGUAGACAUUACUUCAAAUGCAAGCAUCAUUUUGACAUAAAUACCCUAAACUCUACUUACACUCAGAUGGAGAGUAAAGGUCUAUAUAAGGCCAUGGGCGAGCUGGGUCUGCUGUUCAACUACAUUGAGACAUAUAUGGCUUCUAAACAACACAGAAACCAUGCAGCCUCUGUCUGAAUGUGACCCUGGGAAGAAGAUUGCAUUGAUGACUUCUAUUUAACAUUUGUCCUGAGGACAAGAAUUCUGACCAUAUUGAGUCUUUAACUGUUUUUUUUUUUUAAACCGUGAAAGCCAUAUUUAUUAUUUUUUUAAAUCAUAUAUAAUGUGUAUUUUUGUAUUUAUUAUUGUCUUGUUCUAUAUAAAUAAAUGUGUUGAAAAAUAA